CAAUAGUAAAUUCCCAAGACUUCUCUUCUGGUCUCUUACCUUCUUUUUCACUACCAUUAUUAUCAUUUUUAUUAUUAUUUAAGCAUAGCUAGAUCUUAAUUGAAAGAGCUUUAAUUUCUUGCAAGAAGAAUAUAUAGAGAAAGAUAUAUACAAUUAUAAAAUGGCAUCUUCAUCAAGCUGCUAUUCAAAUUCACCAUGUGCUGCCUGCAAAUUUUUGAGAAGGAAGUGCAUGCCAGAUUGCAUAUUUGCUCCAUAUUUUCCACCAGAAGAACCACAAAAAUUUGCAAAUGUGCACAAAAUAUUUGGUGCAAGUAAUGUAAGUAAACUUUUGAAUGAAGUUCAAGCACAUCAAAGAGAAGAUGCAGUGAAUUCUCUUGCUUAUGAAGCUGAAGCAAGAAUUAAAGAUCCUGUUUAUGGUUGUGUUGGUGCUAUUUCAAUUCUUCAAAGACAAGUUAUUAGACUCCAAAAGGAACUUGAUGCUACAAAUGCUGAUUUGAUUCGAUAUAGUACUUGCACCGAUCAUAUAUUGCCGAAUAAUCAACAUCAAGAUCACCAAGCUACAAGGAUUCAUGAAGAUGGAGGAGGUUCUUCUCUUGGUCCUCCUGCAACUUUUUACUAUCCUUCUCCUUGGAACAAUGAUCCACUUGGAGAUGGUAAUUUUCAUACAGGAGGAGGUGAUAAUAUAUAAUAUAAUAUAAUAAUUAAUAUAUUUUCAGCUAUAUACAUACCUUCUAAAUUACUAGUCCAUCAUCUAUAUAGAAUGAUAUAUACAUAAUCUUAUUAUCCCUUUAGGGUUCUAAAAAAUUUGAAUAUUUGAAGAAGGUGAUUUGCAUGUAUAUGUGUAUAUAUGUCUAUCUAUCAUCAACAUAUACAUGUAUACCAUAUGGUUUUAUAUAUGUGCUAAAGUCUAAAGAUGAAUAUAUGAAGGUGAAUUUGUAUGUAGAUUUGUACUUGUGAAUUCAAAUAAAUUUCUUGUUAUGGAAA